UACUUGAGAAACGACCAAACUGAAGAAAUCUGAGAAUUAAUGUAAACGAACAUUAAAGCUGAGCGACGCCAAAAUAAAAUCUGAGACAUACAAAGAGUUGCAUUCAAUUCGUUUGUUUUACCAAACGGCCGACCUGCUAAAGCAUUACAUAUUUAUGACCUUUCGCGUUGACCAGAAACUUCCCUUCAUUUUCAUUAGCAAAUGGUGUCACACCUCAAUUUUACAAAACAGGCGUCGCUGAAGUAAUUGUUGAUAUCCCAUCGUUACGGGCCUAGCUCAGGUGUGAGACAAAGAGGAUACUUCUCAAAAGUCAGGUCGUCAACACCUGUUUCUUUUGAACGAGACCAGCUUUAUCUGUCCCACAUUAAUAAUUUAACCCGGCUAUAGGCACUUUGCCGGGCAGGAAGUUAGUUAUUAAUGUUUCAAUUCACCUUCUUUGCCUAUGGCAACAAGAAACGCUUAGCGCCUACACGUUUUCCACGGAACGAGAAAAUAAGUCGUUGAGUGCGGAAUGGACUUACGAACUGAAGUGAUAGUCACUGGUACAGAGCGAUGAUUUAAUUUGGAUACUUUUUCCGGCGCACGCUUGAGCUUUAUUUGAGGCCACAACCGUCUAGCUUGUUAUCCCUCUGUUGACAAUGCCCAACGUGAUAGGAGAGCUGGUUUUGCUUCUUCUGGGAACGACAAUCACUGCAACUUUGCGGUUUAACUCGCCGAGAUGCGACCAGCUUUCUUCCUCCCAGUUAAGUUUUGUGGUGGAAUGGUGGGGACUAGAACCUUACCUGAACGAUUCUACAUCUUCUUCAUCCGAACAUCUGGACAAGCCCCCGCCGCCAACAGGAGGUCUUCUGUACGAACUACUUCGUAGAAUGAUCAAACCAGACAGGAUUACCUACAAACCGGCACGGAGAAAAUUCACAAAAUCUUCAAUUCUAAUAUCCAACAGCACUGGAAAUGUAACUAUUUCCAUGCCAGUCAUGAUCAAAAAGAAUGCGAACGAUCCGUGUGAGAUCAAAGUACAUCUCUCCAAAGGACCAGCCUAUGUUGCUAAAAGAAACCAGAUGAAGCCGCUGACCCAGCUUGGGCUGUCAUUUAUUAAUGGCGGUCAGAUCAUAGGUUUGACACUCAUUCUAACGGUUAUAUCCGGGGUAUUUAUUUGGAUAUUGGAUCGUCACAAGAAUCCCGUAGAUUUCCCGCCUUCUUUUAUCCGCGGUACGUGGCAAGGCUUUUGGUGGGCUUUCGUUACCAUGACAACUGUCGGUUAUGGAGACACAGCUCCAAAGUCCAUCCCAGCCCGUCUGUACAGUAUUCUGUGGAUGUUAUUGGGAAUGGUGGCGUUUUCAGUUCUCACAGCCAACUUCACAAGCUCCUUGAAUCAUGAGAUUCAAAAAGAUUUAAAUCUCUUUGGCAAAAAGGUUGCAGUAUUGAAUGGGAGUUUGGCACAGCAAGCAGCUGUGACGGAGGGCGCAAAGUACAUGGCAUUUAAUGACAUCGAUGAUAUGAUUGAUGCGCUGUCUAGAACAAAGAAUCCAGUUGUUAACGGAUUGCUGUUGGACAGACACGUGGCUGUUGCAUCACUUGAAACGCUUAAAGAUAAGUCACUGGAGAUCGGCCGACUUGUAGACUAUGAGUACUUCGUUGGCAUGAGCGUCAGACCUCCUCAAAACGCAACUCAGAUUUGUGAGACGGUAAAUAAGUGCGCUGAGGACCUGGCGCAUAGUGAAGGGUUUGAGCUGAGAGCAUUAGAGAUUUUGUCUAAUUCGGUGUCCGUGGUGGAAAACAAGCGAGAGAGUACAAGCUUAUUCGAUGAUUAUGACUUCCUCAUCAUUCUUCUCGCUUUGUUUGCCGUUCUUGUGGGCGGUGGCCUUAUAUGGGAAUAUUUUUUCUACAAACCAAAGAUGGAACGUCUCAAUAAAGUCAAUGAAGAUUUUGAAAUGGAAGAAGAUGACAGAAACAAAGAUUCAGAAAAGGCAAUCCUUUUGAGAAAUGAAGUGGAAGAUUUAUGUGAGGAGUGCAGAGCUAAAGUGGAGAACAUCAUGAAGGAGGAGGGCAAGCAGAGACUACAAAGCAUGCAGACGGUGAUUAGCCCGUUUGACGGAUUCUCUAUCAUCGGAAGCCAGCUUAGUUCCAUCCCUGGGGUUUCUUCCAUCAGAAAGAUUGGCUCCGAGCUGCCUUAUAAUGUUCAAAACCUAACGAGAAAAUCAAAAAAGAAGAGCCAAGUCGAUGGAUUGGAACAAUGUUGAAGAGGUUGAAAUAUCCGUAGGCACAACUUUUCUAGGAAUUGUCGCUUGGCUUAAGAUGAGGGUGUUACUUCCUCAAGAUGAACGAACACGCAUCCUCGAGAAAAAUUAGCUAGAUAUGAACACCAUUAAUCUUCAUGAAAUGACUGUUAGCAUGGCUAAGGCUUAAUGUAAUUCAUAAUCCUAUUUUUAAGGAUUUUUUUUUAAAGGAUUGAAGAUAGUAAACACUAUCAAAAUAAACACUAUUUAAGACAAAAUAACAACCGCAUGAUCAAUGGAAGGUCACAUCCCUUAGGGAUUCGUCGAAACGAGUUUAGUUUGAGACAGUCCUACAGAGUGUGUAGGUGUUAAAAGUUCGCAAAUGCUGUUGA